CUAUUAAUGACUUUGAACAGACUAUUCAAUUUGUUAUCUACUGUGUGGCUUUCCAGACCGUACGUCCCACGUAGCUUGUUUUCUCAGGUUUUGUUAGAAUCAAUCUGCAGAAGCAUUCAGCUGUUUCUUUCCAGCUAAAUAUAUCUAGGAUCAAUUAAUAGAUAUGGCUUAUGUUGCUGUGAUUUCUCUUGCACAAACAUUGGAGGAACUCGUGCAGCAAAAGCCACAUUGGGUAAGUAGUGAUGAUGAAACAACAAAAAUGCUGCACUCUUUCCGUGUUAGUCUUAAAAAUUUCCAAGACUUUCUUGAGAACACUAGCAAGAGAAGGCAACAUUGUGGAGAAGUUGAAGAAUUAGAUAGAGAGAUUAGAACAGCAGUGGAAGAAGUAGAAGAUGUGAUCGAACUAAAGAUAUAUAAAACAAUGAAAAGAGAGGCAUUAUCAAAGACAUUGAGAACACUUGUAGAAAAGAUUGAAGCUCUAAAGAGGGGGGUCAUGGGAUGUAGGUUUGGUAAGAGUAAAGUCCUUCGUAAAACAAUGGAAGAAGAGGCAUUACACAAAACCUUGUCUCCACUUGUAGAAAAGAUUGAUGUUCUGGAGAGGAAUGUGAUGGGAAGUAGUUUUGGUACAAAUGAAGUUCAAGGCUAUGUUGAUCCUACAAAUGACGAACUGCAAGUAGAGGCUUCCUUGCUAGGUCAUUCAUCAUCCAGACGUGUAGCAAAACUGAAUCCAGAAAACAUUGUUGUGGGUCUUGAGGACGAUUUGAUGGAAAUCAAGAGAAGAUUAAUAGGGACCUCGUCUAAUCGAGAAAUUGUCCCAAUUCUGGGAAUGGGAGGGAUAGGCAAAACAACACUAGCUAGAAAAGCAUAUGACGAUCUUGAAGUCAGGCAUCGCUUUGACAUCCAUGUUUGGGUGACAGUAUCUCAGCAAUAUCGGAUUAGAGAUCUAUUGUUGGAUAUUCUUUCUCGUAUUUCAGCUGACCCGAUAAAACAAGGGACUAAUAGUGAUCAAUUAAUGGAUAAGAUAUACAAAGUGUUAAAGUGUCGGAGGUAUCUCCUUGUCAUGGAUGAUAUUUGGAGCUGUGACAACAUCUGGGAUAUAGUGUCAAGAACUUUUCCAGAAGACGAGAAUAGUAGUCGAAUUAUUUUGACUAGUAGGAUUAAUGAAGUGGCUAUGCAUGCUGACCCAAACUGCACUCCUUAUGAGAUGCACCUCUUGAAUUUAGACGAAAGUUGGAAGUUAAUACAUGACAAGGUGUUUGGGGUAGAUCAACAGUUUUGUCCUCCUGAACUAGAGGAAAUCGGGAAGCAAGUAGCACAAAAUUGCCAAGGACUACCUUUAGCCCUUCUAGUGGUUGCGGGACAUCUCUCUAAAAUUGAUAGAACACGCAAAAGUUGGGAAGAUGUUUCCAAAAGUGUAAGUAACAUUCUUGUUAAUGAAUCAGAUAUAUGUCUAGGAGUGCUUGCAAUGAGUUACAAUUACUUACCUUAUCAUCUUAGACCGUGUUUCCUUUACAUUGGAGUGUUUCCAGAAGAUAGGGAGAUUAACAUUACUAAUUUGAUCAACUUAUGGAUUUCUGAGGGUUUUCUAGUGAAUAAGGGGCUCAAAAGCUUGGAAGCAGUGGGAAGAGAUUGUUUGAAUGAUCUUGUUAGCAGGAAUCUGUUAAUGGUUAGAAGCAGGAGAUGGGAUGGUGAGUGUAAAACAUUUGGUGUCCAUGAUCUGGUGCGGGACUUGAUUCUAAGAGUAGCUAAUGAUGAGAAGUUCCUGCAGGUCUCUAGAAUUCAGGUAGCCACUAAUCCUUCAGCGAACAAGUUUCAUGUUCGUCGCUACAGUUACUCUUCGCGCAUUUAUGAUGACGAUGAUUUAUGUGAGUCAUCAUCAUCUAGUAGCACCAGAACUUUGCACUUCUUCUAUGGAUUGAAUAACGAUUCUCUUUUGGGGCAAUUCAAACUUCUAAGAGUGUUGGCAAUCCUUGAUUGUACAUUUCAUUAUUUUCCCCUUGUGAUAAAAAAAUUAGUACAUCUCAGAUACCUUCACAUAUUCAACUGUCACGAGUACAUUCACAGUUCAGUCUCAGAGCUUUAUAAUCUGCAGACCUUGAUUUUUGGCCAAUAUUCUGGUUUACCAGUGGAGAUCUGGAAGAUGAAAAUUUUGAGGCAUCUUGAGGUAAAAAGGAUCUCUUAUUUUUGUGUUCCAUCAAGUAAGGAAGGGUCUAGUUUCAAGCUACAAAAUCUUGAGCAACUGUCAUAUCUAAAUAUUUCUUGCUGUACUGAGAAAUUGUUUUCUGGUAUUCCAAAUCUAAAGAGGCUGAAAAUUUAUGGUGAUAAAGGAAACAUGACUUCGGAGAAGCUAAAUAGCCUUUCUUGUUUAAAUAAACUUGAAACAUUGAAGAUCACCUGCUACCGAGGAUAUUACGAGCGACCACCGCAAAGUAAGUUUGCUUUGCCUACAUCUCUGAAAAGGUUGACUUUAGAAAGUACUUAUUUACCAUGGGAAGACAUGGCGAAUAUUGUAAUGUUGCCAAACCUCCAAGUGCUUAAAAUUAAAGACAAUGGAUUUGUUGAUGGCCGGUGGAGAUUAAAUGAUGAAAUGAUUUUUAAUCAACUUAAGUUCCUCCUAAUCCAUAAGACAGAUCUGGAGCAGUGGAAAGCUGGCAGCGUUAACUUUCCAGAACUGCAAUGCCUAGUUCUGAAAGAAUGCAUAUCCCUGAAGAAAAUCCCUCAAGACAUUGGGGAAAUUUAUACCUUGGAGUCAAUAGAAUUGCAUAAUUGCAGCACUUCGGCUGAAAAUUCUGUGAAAAAAAUUCAAAAAGAGCAAAAGAGCAUGGGGAAUGAUUGCCUCACUGUACUCGUCAAUAGUCGUCGUUAGGAGGGGUAUAAUGUCAAGUUCAAGAAGGCUGGUCAUGCUAGUUAAAAGUAUGUUUGUCUGUGUGAUGAUUCUCGAGCAAUGGGCAGCAAUCGUUAGCUUGGAAAGGAGAGAUCACUUGUAACUUGUUCAUUAGCAACUAGGGGAAUCUCUUUUCCGUUGCUUAUAAUGACUAAAGGUCGCGUGCUGCUAGUUGUCGUUGAUGUUCUCAUUUUUGUAAUUUUCUUGCAAGCUAAACAUUAAUGACUGGAUGGUUUGUUAUGAUAAUGGUGUAUUUCAUUAUGUAGUAUUUAUCAAUUUGACUUCAUAUA